GGAAGGAAGGAAGGAGGAGAAGAGGAGAGCGGCGGCAGCGGCGGCGGCGGCGGCGGCGUCAUGUCCAGCAGAGUUGCGCGAGGAUAAUGUGAUCGACAAAGAGGCGAUGAAUAUGCUGUCGCUGAAGGUUGGCAGUGGCGCCGAAGGGUCGGGCAGCCUCCCCGGCAGCCAGGAGCCCUCGCUUCUGGAAGAAAAAAGUCUCGCCCGAAAGGCAGCGUCCGCCGAAGGGAUCGGAGCCCAGCAGCAGGCUGAUGGGAGCUCCAUCGCCUGCCAGCCCGUUGGACUGGAAAACGGAGCCAACCCGCCGGCUGAAUGGUUUCCACGGAGCCAGGGCUCGGGGCUGCGGCAGCCCAACAGCGAGGUGGACGGCGGCGAGAGGAACUUCAGGGUGAACCUCCACUGCAAACAUGGGCGGCCCAGAGAACUCAAGUGUAACAGCAGGAGCAGCAAAGCAGAAGGUCCAGGCCCCACAUUUGCAGAUGUCCAUCCCAGCAACUGUUCAGCCAAGAGACACGCUGGUGAAGACGAACUGAGGAAGCGCCUGAAAUCCCAGGGCCCACCGGUCCCGCCCCCAGGGGGCGCCGUCCGCAGCUCUUCCGAUUACUCCCAAGAGCCAAAGUUCUACCAGGCCGGGCAUCCCGGUCAAAAGGCGUCGGCGUGUCUGGCGGAGAAGGCCUUGUCGUUCAGCAUGCUCAGUUUCCCGGAGGGCUCCUGCUCAGCGUCAAGCCGGGAGCACAAACCGGGCUCGCUGCGCCAUACCGAGGCAGCUGACCGGUACAAGAGCCUCCACACCCAGGGCGCCGCCGAGGCUGAGGCCUCGCCGCCGGCCAACCUUCUGGGCGUCCCUGUCGAUGCCCAGGGCCUGGAUGAGACGGCCACGCACGACAGAGCUGCCAAGACCUUCUCCAACGCCACCCUGGCCUCGGGGAGGUGCAACAUUGACAACAUCAUCUCGCUGCUCAAGAGCAAGUGUGGCAACGGCCGUAUCAACCUCUACCCCGUGGUGCAGCUCAUAGACAUCAUGAAGGACAUCAACCGCCUCUCCCAGGACCUGAAGAGCUGCGGGGUUCACCUGGACUGCAGCGGCCUACAGCUCAACAGCCACCCGUCAUCGCUCGGGGAGGAAGGCCGGGAUCAGGGCCUGCAGUACAGCUUCUACUCCUCCCCCAUGCUGGCCAACAGCAUCCGUAGCCCCGAGGAGCUAGCGGCACAAGGCAGCGCCAAAGCUGAGCUGUCCACGCAGACCCACUCUGGCCUCUAUGUGGGAGAGGCAGAGGGGGACGCUCAGGGCACCCAGUACCCAGCUUGCCAGAGCAGCCCUGCUCUGAAGGCCCCCAGCAGCCUCGACGAAGCUAGCAGCUCAGAGUCUGACACCACCGAUUACACCGAGCUGGCCGACACGGACAUCCUGAGCGAACUGGCUUCCCUGGCUUGCCAGGGCCCCCCGUUGCUAGAUCAUCCACACACGGAGUCCCACCCCCAGUUGCUACCAAGCCAGGGGCUCGAUUCAAGGUCACAGCUAAUGGGAUCGCAGUCUCUGGAACACCAGCCUCAGUUAGUAGACUCCAAGUCCCUGGAGCCUCCUCCGGAACCCCUGGCCCUGCAGACUGUGGGGCCCUUGCCUGCACCGCUGGGGCUGCAGACGCUAGAACCGCUAGAGCUGCAGAGCCUGGAGCCGCUGUCCGAAUCGCUCUCCCUCCAGUCCCUGGAACCCCUUUCCGAGCCUCUGGGCCUCCAGUCUUUAGGGACCCUGGACCACCAAUUGCUCGACUCCCAAGGCCAGCUCCUGGAUCCAGAAGCCCAGCUGCUAGGCCCCCUGCCCAAGUUGUUAGACUCCCGGCCCCAGCUGGGGACGGAUGAGUCCCUCGGAGCACAUCCACCACCGUCCCAACCCCGCCUCGGAGGCUGCUCCCUGAGAGGAGUGGUGAGGCGAGGGGCCGGGCGGGGGCGGGACGAUCACAGGAAGUACGCUCUGCGCAGAACAGACAAACCAAAGAUACUCUGCCGCCGGCGCCGGGGAGGACGGGGGCGGCGGGCAGAGAUUGCAGCCGAGACCAGGGUCCUCCCCAUGGCUGUGCCAGUGGAGGUGGUGAUGGCGCAACCGGAGGAAGCCAGGAUGCCCGUGGCCCCCGUGGCAGCGGCCGAAGUGCUUGGUCCCCUCGCUUCCACUCUGGAGCCUGAAGAUGGCCAGAAACUCGCAGCCGCCAACUCGCAGCCUGCAAAAGCCAAGUGCCGCGGAGUGCGCAGGAUGGUGGUGAAGAUGGCCAAGAUCCCAGUCUCCCUUGGGAGGAGGAAUAAGACGACGUACAAAGUCUCCUCCCUCAACAGCAACCUGAACCUAGAAGGCAAGGAGCUGACAAACUGCAGCUCGAUGGAGCCAACUCCGCUGCUGAAGAUGAAGAACAACGGCCGCAACGUGGUCGUGGUCUUCCCUCCGGGUGAAAUGCCCAUCAUCCUGAAGCGCAAGCGGGGAAGGCCCCCCAAGAACCUGAUGCUGGGGCCCUGCAAACCCAAGGAGCCCACCCCAGAAGUCAAGAAGCGGAGGAGGAGGAAACAGAAACUGGCGUCGCCACAACCCUCUUACGUGGCUGACACCAACGACAGCAAAGCCGACUACUCGGACGUGCUGGCAAAGCUGGCCUUCCUCAACCGCCAGAGCCAAUGCUCAGCUCGCUGCUCCCCACCCCGCUGCUGGACCCCGAGCGAGCCGGACUCCAUCCACCAGGCCCCUGACACUCAAAGCAUCUCCCACUUCUUGCACCGAGUCCAAAGCUUCCGGCGGCGCGGGGGCAAAGGAGGCGGGUUUGGGCGCGGAGGGGCUCACUCGGCCCGCUCGUCUCGCUGCUCCUUCAGUGAUUUCUUUGAAGGCAUUGGCAAGAAAAAGAAGGCGGCCCCGGGAGCCGCCAUGCAUGCCGACCCCGCUCACCCACGGAAAAGGGGCCGGCCAGAACCGGAUGCCAUGGAGAAGCCCAAGAGGAAGAGGAGAUCCCGCAAGAACGGGGUUCUGUUUCCGGAGCAGAACCUGAGCCAGAACUUCAGCGACGGAACCUCUGAAUGGUGCGGAGACAAGGAGAGCCUGUGGAUGUCCCACCACGGAGCCCUCUCCAGCCAAGCCAGCCGGAACUGCAGUUACCAAGGCCCCGACUCUCGGACUUUCCACUCUUCAGCGCUGGAGCCGAGCUCUUCCAGCCGGACUGGUUUUUAUGGCGGGAGCAAUCCGUCCUCCCAGUCGGAGCUCAGCCAGGAAAGACAGAGCCUGUUCACAGGCUACUUCCGCUCCCUGCUGGACUCGGACGACUCUUCCGACCUGCUGGACUUUGCCCUCGCCAACACGCGCUCUGAGUCGCGCAAGUCCACGGCCACGUACACGGCCCCUCCCAACGCCAUCGCCACUCAGAGGGGCAUGGCCUCUUACCCGAGCCGAGGAGGUAAAGUCACGCCCUCUUCCACCACCGCUACCGCGACGACCGAGGCGCCCUUCCAUACGGCCAUGACGGGCCGGCAGUCCUUCCCCCCCAGCAGGGCGACGGGAUACACCCUUUCUCAGGUGGCUUCCGAGUGCCGCGGCACAGAAGCCUUCCAAAAGCUGGCGCCCCUCUCGGCUGUGUCCCGGUCCCCUACCACUCACUCCACGGCAGCCUCCAGCUAUGCACAGUACAGCAGCUACAGCGGUGGUGGCGGUGGGCAGAGCCUGACACCCUCCAGCCUGUUCCCGCAAGGGAAGCCCUACCACGCCACGCAGGACUGCCCCAACAGCAAAGACUGCAGCUUCACCUACGGCAGCGGCAACAGCCUGCCCUCCUCGCCCAGCAGUGCCCACAGUGCCAGCUACGCCCAGCAGGCGUCAGGGCCCAGCUUGCCCUUGAGCAAGGCCUCCUUCUUCAACAGCUCGGAUCCCAGCCAGUUCUCCGGCUCCUCCCACACACCAAUGAGGUGCGACAGCCGGGCCAGCACGGUGUCCCCGGGAGGCUACAUGGUUCCCAAAGGGUCGGUCUCCUUCCAGCCCUCCCCAGAGAACUGCCGGCAGUUUCCCAGUGCCUCCCAGUGGGCUUUCCGGCAAGGCUAUGGCGGCCUGGACUGGAACGCCGAGACCUUCAGCCAGCUCUACAACCCAGGCUUCGACUGCCACAUCAACGAGCCCAACGUCAUCCUGGACAUCUCCAACUACACCCCCCAGAAGGCCAAGCAGCAGACCGUCUCCGAGACCUUUUCCGAAUCCUCCUCGGACAGCACCCAGUUCAACCAGCCGGCUGGCUACAGGAGGGCCAACAGCGAGGCCUCCUCUAGCGAGGGCCAGUCCAGCCUCUCUAGCCUGGAGAAGCUGAUGAUGGACUGGAACGAGUCGUCUUCAGCCCCAGGUUACAACUGGAACCAGAGUGUCUUAUUCCAGAGCAGCUCCAAGCCGGGACGUGGCCGGCGGAAGAAAGUGGACCUCUUCGAUGCGGCCCACCUGAACUUCACGACGGCCGCGUACCCUUCCAAGAGGGGCACGGGGGCCAGGCAGCCGCGAGGUUCCCGGGGCGCGUGCGCCUCCAAGAAGGAGCGAGGCACUGGCAAAAGCAAGUUCCCCCCCAAAUCCCAGCCGGUGAACCCACUGUUCCAAGACAGCACCGAUUUAGGCCUGGAUUACUACAGUGGAGACAGCAGCAUGUCCCCGCUGCCUUCCCAGUCCCGGGGCUUCGGGCUCAGCGAACGAGACCCCUGUGACUACGCCGGGCCUUAUUCCAUGAACCCUUCCACCCCGUCGGACGGCACCUUUGGGCAAGGGUUCCAGAGCGACUCCCCCGGCCUGGGGCAGACCGACCUGGAAAGCAAGCAUUUCCCCGCCUUGCCCCACCAGCUUGCCGUCCCGCCCCCUCAGCAGACUGUGUUUGAAACGGGCCUGCAGAAGGCGUUCUCGCCCAACUGCUCCCCCACCCUGGCCUUCAAGGAGGACUUGCGGCCCGGCGACAUCCGGAAGCUGCCGGCCUGCGACUCGCUCAAACACAGCAUGCCGGGGGCCGCUGGCAUGGCCCACUCCACGGCCGGGCACAUGGCCUGCCGGGACCUGCCCAUGUCUCAGCCGCACUACGACUCGCCCAGCUGCAAAAACCCCGGCUAUUGGUACUCCCCCACUUCCAGCACCCGUAGCCCUCCCUAUGACAACAAACCUGGGGUCGGGAUGCUGGUGGACUUCAUGGGGAGAAGCCCGGAUGCCUCCUGCCUCAACCCCCACCUGACCAGCGCCCCCAGCAGCAACCCUUCCAAGAGCGAGAAGGAGCCCAUGGACAUGACCAGGGCUCACCACCGAGGGGCCUACAUUUGCCCCUUGAUGAAUGACUUGAAUAUCUCCCCAGUCCCGAGAGACUCCAUGCUGCCGCUGCAGGACAACUAUAGGUACCCCAGCUUUGCGCCCCAAGGGCACCCCAUCAUGGCUGCAGCCCAGAAGAGCGGGUUUUUGGGUCCAAUGCUAGAGCAACACCCCGAGGACACAUUCACAGUCACCUCAUUGUAGUGUCAUCUGAAGUGCCAACCCAGACAACGAGGUUUUGUUUCAGGUUUCCAUAUCCAACAGGAAAAAGACCCUUCCCAGCGAUCACACUCUUGCUACGCUCUUGCAACGAACUGUGGCUCCUCUUGACAUUGCUUCUUGGGGUGGGGGAGGGGUGAGGAAGAGGAGGGAGAGUUCCACUGGGAAAUCUUCGUCCACCGAGAAAUCAAAGCAAGAAGAUGGACACCUUGUGUCGCCUCUCCCGACCUUCUCUGUAUUACUGUGUCCCUCUUUGGUCCUGCGUCUCCAAUUCCUCCCUGUCCCCUGGUCGCAGGUCUGUCGCUGAGAUGCUUGUGUCUCCUCUACCGAGAAGCAAGAAGCGGGUGGGGAGGUGGUGACGGGACUUUUCUUUCUGCACAAAACCAGCAAUUGUAAAUACUUUUCAAAAAUGUAAAAAAAAUACAAAAAAAAAAUACAAAACAGCAAACACAAUGAAAACACACACACACACACACAUAAAUGUUUUCAAAAUCGGAAAUAAAUGUUUUGCGGACAAAAAUGAAAGUCCAGAGAGCGUCAAAGCAGGAGAGAAGCUAACUGUGUCAGGUAUGCACUGAGAAAACUAUUUGCAGAUUGAUUGACAAAAAAGUAACAAGAACCUAUUUAUUGUAUAUAACGUUUUAUUAUAAAUCGUGUAUUGUAUAUUG